AUGCCUUCGAUUCUGGAAGAAGGCAACACAUCCACAAGUUUCCAUAGAGACUGUCUCAGACUGUGUACUUACAACGCGAGAACGGCGUCCACGGAUGCUGAGCUAGAUGCUCUUUUCGGAAUUCUCUUUUCUUUCUUUUCGAAGCGUAUCAAAUUCCACAUUAUAUAUUUGAUUGCUCGGGAGGAGACCAAGUGCAGAAGUUGCGAUGUACGACAGCUGAAUGGCGGUCGUCUCGUCAUUCGCGGAGAAAGCGUCCCGUCGCAAAGUCUGCGUCAAAAACCCAUUAGCAUCGUAAACUGCUACUCAUCAACAUCAGCAGCUGAUGAUUACAAGUUGAACGCGUUUUAUGAGCUGGAGGAAGUGAUUCACAAUGAGGAGUCCUUCCACAAUUUCGUAGCCGGGACUUCAACGGAAAACUAG